GUCCGCGGCACCGGCGCAGGCGAAUGCGAGGGAGGUAGAGCUCGGCGUCCGGCCCCACCAUGCUGAUCGCGCUCGCCCCGCCAGCCCUGCCCGGGCUCGCAGGUCAACUACCCUCGGCCCCCGCGCGGCGCCAGGACUCCUCCGGUUCGUCAGGCUCCUACCACACGGCUCCCGGUUCCCCAGAGCCCCCGGACGUCGGGCCGGACGCGGAGGGCCGGGCAAAUUGGCCCCGGGUGGCCCCUGCGCUGGGGGCGGGGGCGCAGCUUCGCCUGUCCAUCAGCGCCCAGAAUAGCCGCCAGCAGCUCCAGCCCGGCUCGGGUUUCCCGCGAGGCCCGGGCGCAGGCCCGCGGCCGCCCCAGCCCCAGCCCCAGCUGCGCAUGCUGCCGUCGGGGGAGAUGGAAGUCAUCUUCGGCGCCGGGGCCCUGUUCAGCCCCUCUGACUCGGCGGACAGAGAGGUGCAGCAGCUCACGGCGCGGGCUUUCCACAGCCUCUCUCCGCCCGCGUCCCCCUCCCCCGCCGCACCGCAGCCCCAGCCCCAGCCCCCCGACGGUGGCUCCCGCUGGGCCACCUACCUGGAGCUGCGGCCCCGCGGGCCGAGUCCUGCCACCCCAGCGCAGUUCGAAUGCGUGGAGGUGGCGCUGGAGGAGCGUGCCCUGCCCGCCAGGUCCCGGACGGUGCCCAAGCGUCAGAUCGAGCUGCGCCCCCGGCCCCGGAGUCCUCCGCGGGAGGGGGAGGCAGGCGCACCGCGCCCGCGCCCGCUCCUGCGCACCGGCUCCCUGGACGAGUCGCUGGGCCGCCUGCAGGCCGCCGCGGGUCUCGUGCAGACGGCUCUGGCCAGGAAACUGAGCCCCGCGGCCCCUGCCCCCAGCGGCGCCACCUUCAGGCCCGCGGAGCGGCCGGAGCCUGAGACGCGGACACCGGUCCGCAGCACCCGAGGGGCCCAGGAGGACGGCAGGUCUCGCCCACCCCGCGUGCACUAUAGUUCAGCCCCUGCCCGGGCCCCCCGGCCCUGGCCCAGCCUCCGCGAACGCGCCAUUCGUCGCGACAAGCCCGCGCCCGGGACUGAGCCACUGGGUCCGGUUAGUUCAAGCAUCUUCCUGCAAUCCGGGGAGAAGACCCAAGAAGCGCACAACCAGGAACUCAAAGCGAGGUUCCCAGGAGACGCUCCGGAGCGAACCGUUCUGAGGCCUUUCGAGUCCAGGGACCCUUGGGAAGUCCCGAGUAAGGCUGUGAGGCCAAGGAGCCCAUCCCCGCCGAGGCCGGCUCCCAAUGGAACCCUGCAGACUUCUCUCGGCCCACCCCCCCGGAACCUGUCCCCGCGGAGUCCGGCUUAUCCGAGGGUGAGUAGUCCCUCCUCCCCGAAGGAAUCCUCCGCGUGGGAAAAUCAGGAUCCCACCGUCGAGGAAACCGUCAGCAGGAGGAGCCCUUCCCCUGCGACCCUUUCCCAGUGGAACCCGGGUGCUGCCAAGGCAAGAAGCCCAUCCCCUGAAGCUCCUUCGCCGUGGGAGGUUCAGCACCCCACAAUCGGAGCUACCAUCGAGGGGAAUAGCAGCCCGUCCCUGCCGGCCGUGUCCUCAUGGGAGGCUCCAGAUCGUCCUACUGGGCGGUGGAGUCCAUCGCCCCAAGAGAGGUGGGGUCCCAAAAUGCAGGGCUCCUCGAUAGCCUCUCCGCAGGAUGCUCUGAAUGGCGCAGUCCAGGGGCAGCCGGCGCCGCCUACACCGCCCGCACCCAGGACUCCAGAGCUAACAGAGGCGCAGAGUCCCUCCGCACCGGACGUGCCGGAUCUUGCCUUCCGAGACAGUCAACCGUUGCCAGAGGUGGCUGCACCCGCGCUGCCCCUCAGUCGCCUCAUGGGCACCAUGGAUUCGGAUGCGCCCCCGGAAGCCUUGGGCCCUGGACCAGCGGCCUCCGGACGCCCGCGCGUGGCUAUUCCGCGGCCCCGUGACAUGCGCAAGAUGGUGAAGACCACGUACGCGCCGAGCUUCCCGGCGGAAACCCCCGGCUCAGGGCUGCUUGCGCCUCCAGCGGAUCCCCGCCCCGAGAAGGGUGGUGCAUCCAAGACGCAGGAGCUCCAGGCGCUGGGGACCCCCGCCCCCGCUCACUACACCUCCGUUUAUCUCAAGGACUUUCUGCCUGUCGUGUCGCACCCCUACGAGCCUCCAGAGCCACCCCCCAACACAAACCCCCGGGACGCUUCGCAGCCCAACGGGGUCCUGCGGCGGAGGGCAGAGAACAGCACGGCAAAACCCUUCGCGCGAACUGAGAUCCGCCUGCCUGGUGCCUUGGCCUUGGGCCACGGACUGACGGAAACCCGGGGAGUCCUGGUGCGCGGUCCUGCAGGAGAGAACCGAGUUAUGGAGGCCCAGCGCCUCGUCUCCGACGGCGAGGGUCCGAUCAGCCCGUUAGGUGGAGCUCUCUCCUUACCCCAGCGAUCGUCCGUAGGGCCAGCAGGGCCCCCCCCAGCCGGCCCAUCCCGCCCCAGCUCCCCUCAGGCGCACCCUAGCUCGAGCCCUGGGAGAGCACCCACAUUGGAGCCUCCCCCUUCUGUCCCCGAGCCUGCCACUGCCGUCCAGUCGCCCCACCCGCGGGAGCCCCAGGCCUUGGCGGGCAGAAUGGCCCCGCCCCAGCCCCGCGCAGCAUCAGCGCCUCCUAUGGACCGGUCCCUGGAAGGCCCCUCCCAAGGGGCACGCAGGCCACCGGGGGCCGCGAACACGGGGAAGGUCCUGGUGGACCCCGAGAGCGGCCGCUACUACUUUGUGGAGGCGCCGCGGCAGCCUCGGCUACGGCUGCUCUUUGACCCCGAGAGCGGGCAGUACGUGGAGGUGUUUUUGCCGCCCUCGCCCCCGGGGCCACCCCGCCGCAUCUACACCCCGCUGGCCCUGAGUCCCGGCCUUUACCCGCCCGCUUAUGGGCCUUUCCCCGGCCUCUCACUGCCACCAUCCCCAGGCCCGCCAGCCUACAGCGGCACCCAGCUACCCUGGGCUUCCGAGGCGGGGCCCCUGGAGAGGAUGUACUACCUGCCAGUGAGUGGGACCCCCAGCCCCGCACCUCCUCUGCUCCUCUGCGCUCCUCCCACCGGCGUGGGUCCCGCCCAGCCUGGCAAGAGCUCCUUGUUCCCUGUGUGAGGCCCCAGGGCCUGAUCCCCAUGGUGUUGGG